AUGUCACAGCGAGGACGCGGAGGAUCGGCGGGUAACAAGUUCAGGAUGUCUCUGGGUCUUCCUGUGGCUGCAACGGUGAAUUGCACCGACAACACCGGGAUAAAGAACCUUUACAUCAUUUCAGUGAAGGGAAAGAAGGGUAGGCUCAACCGUCUCCCUUCUGAUUGCGUCGAUGACAUGGUUAUGGCCACCGUCAAGAAGGGUAAGCCCGAUGUCAGUCAGAAAGAAGGUAUCUGGUACUAUUCUUUUGUGGAUGUGGUAAUUUUAAAAGACGAUUGGUAUAAUGAUGUGGAGACUGAUGGGAUGAAUGAUGUGGAGAAUGAUGUGGAGACUGAUAGGAUGAAUGAUGUGGAGACUGAUGGGAUGAAUGCUGUAGAGAAUGGUGUGGAGACUGAUGUGGAGACUGAUGGGAUGAACCGUCAGUGA